UCCUUCACACAAUUUCUUAAUCCCCAAUCCCAUCUUAACAGCUAAAUACCCAAUCCCGCGGUGACGGUGGCUUUGGCUUGGACUAGAAAGUACCUGCGUCGUGAAAGAGGCCACGUUGGAUGUAUAUGUGUGAGAAUACCUGGCGUAACACGUGGCAUGAGAAAGAUGUGCAACAUAUUGUCUCGUCCACAAAGGCCGAGUCGACGAAAAGCUGGAUAAAAAGAUAUAUCCCUGCAACAUAUGAGAAUGGUGGCACUCUCAGCAUAGGCACAAGCCAUAGAUAUGCUUUGAAAAUGAAAGGGUCAUGGUUUUAAAUGACCAAUUCCGCUCUAGUUGUGGGAAGCACUUUGCAUUACGCCGCACUGCUCCGUUGCCCUAUCCCUGCCUUCCAUGGUCAUGCCGUCUACUUCCGCAGGCGCACGUCGUUCGGCCGCUUUACUGUGACUGCACAUCACUUCAACAAGAACAAAUGGUGGCACAAGUUCCUCUUGCACCAACUCGAUAGCCCUACCUGGUUAGGCUUAGGCCACGAGGAGGAGGAGGAGGAGGACGACAACGACGAGGUGUUUCGGGACGGUCAUAUGGAAGAGGAGGAAACCGGUCCCGAUGCUAGGGAUUGGGAAGAUUGGCUGGAUGACAGCUGGGUGACAGGUGGGAGUAAUGCCUCUCUCAACGAAGGAAAAGGGUGGGACACUGAUGAAGAAGGGAUCCCAAGAGACAAUUCCCCAAUCCCUGAAAGAGGCAUGUAUUCAAAUGUCACGGAAUUGCUAUUCAGGCUCUUUCAAAACCCUGGUCAGCUGGACGACGAUUUGACUUAUGAAGAUAAACUUUUUCAGUUUACCACACAGACCACUGUCAAGUUUGUUGCAUUGCUGGUGAUUGUUCCGUGGGCAGUUAGUUUUGUUUUUCAUGACUAUGUCAUGAGAAUACAUUCCCUCAACAGGUAUGUGGAGCUUGUGCCAUUUGCAGCCCAGUUACUCGAUGUUAGAAAAGAUCAAAAGCUGUACAUGGUUGAGGUUUUGAAACAGGAAAAGUUAAGGUUGCAUUUUGAAGCAGAGAUCCAUAUGGCUCCUCUCCCAUCGGAGGAAGAGCUUUGGGAGCAUAUGCGGCACAAAGCGAGAGAAUUGCGAGAGGAUCUGCGACUGGAUAAUAGAAAGUCGUUUGCCAAUAUUUGGUCAGACAUGGUUGCUGCUAUCACUGCAUUCUUCAUUUUACUUUUCAAUCAAAGUAAAGUGGAAUUAUUGAAAUUUACAGGGUCUAGAAUAUUAAAGGGCAUUUCUGAAACAGGAAAGGCAUUUCUUCUAAUUCUCGUAACUGACAUUUUUUUAGGAUAUCAUUCCGAGUCAGGAUGGCAUACACUGAUAGAGAUGUUGUUGGAGCACUAUGGACUAAUGGCUGAUGAAUCUGCUAUUACAGUAUUUAUUUGCACUGUUCCUGUCACCAUGGAUGUUUGCUUCAAGCUUUGGGUAUUCAAGUAUCUUCCACGGUUGUCUCCAUCAACAUCUGCUACAUUUCAUGAGAUGAAGCGGCACUAACAUCAAGUUGCCAUUUUGAUAGAAUUUAGCUACUGAAAAAACCCAUGGGGUCUCAUUGUAAAAUAGGGAUGCGUAGUGUAACUGAUGGUUUCAUUGUUUAGUUCAUUCUUGCUUACCAAACACUCUAUUCAUCAAUGAUAUUUUUCGUCAAAGAAAUUAUCAAGAUUAGAUUAAGCUUUUACAUAAAUUCUUGCCAUUGAUUUCGUUACAUAUGUUGCAAUAGUGGCUCUACUAACCUAAAAUAAUGUUUUGCAUUUUUCCUACUUCCUACGCUAUCCUUGAAUACUUACAUUAGCAAUAAUAAUAGAAAAUGGGGUCCCUGGUUCAUUCAU